UGGCUAAUUUUGGGUUUUACUUUACUGUCUUUCUCUACAAACUUGUCUCUGAUUGUCAGGCUAGACAAAUAUGACAUCUCCUAACUUACAGAAAGCUUUGAAUUUGUGCCUAAAACACGCGCAGAUAAUACCGGCCUCAAUGCAAUGGAGAUCACAGCUUCUCUGUACACUGGACAUGGAUCCGGAAACCCAAAAUUCGGCGUCGAUUUAGAGGAAGGUGUUUGUAAAGACGUCUCAGAUACAAAAGUAUGGGAUCUUUAUUCCACCAAAUUAUAAUGGCCAAACUAGCUGGUGGGCCAAGGGGAGAAGCGGUUGCAGCUGCUGGUGCAGGCAUGGACGAAGACUAAGCUCUUAUAACAAACAGCUCUUACCCAAACUCACUCUCUUCUUCUAUAACUUAUUUUUUCUUAAUCUUUCAUAGAAAAAUUUGGUAGCAACAAACACACCCUACUUGUCUUUCCUCUGCCUGUGGAGUGGUUCCUUGCAAGUUGCAACAUUAAAAUUGAAAUUGAAAAGUUGUGAUGACAACAACAUUGACAAGUUUAAAGUUGUUUUUUAGACAAAACCUGAAACGACACCGUGCAAUGUUCCACAGUCAAACAGAGUACACUCACACACAGUCAACGAAAGAGCUGAGUCAAAUUUUGUGUUUGACCAAUUUGGUUCCUCAUCAUGGCUGCAGCUUCGUCAGUUCCCUCUCUCGCCGACCGAGUCGCGAUAGUCACCGGUUCAUCUCGUGGUAUUGGCCGAGCCGUAGCCAUACACCUCGCUGAACUCGGCGCCAAGAUAGUCAUCAACUACACCACCAGAUCCACUGAGGCCGAUCAGGUCGCCGCCGAAAUCAACUCAUCCGCCGGCGCCAGUUCGGAACCAAUAGCCGUCGUGUUCCGCACCGAUAUAUCAGAGCCGAGCCAGGUCGAGUCUCUCUUCGACGCAGCGGAGAAAGCCUUUAACUCGCCGGUUCAAAUCCUAGUUAACUCAGCUGGAAUCCUCGAUCCAAAUUACCCUACCAUCGCCAACACUCCAGUUGAAGUUUUCGAUCGCAUCUUCAAGGUGAACACUAGAGGAUCAUUCUUGUGCUGUAAAGAAGCUGCAAAAAGGCUAAAACGUGGAGGUGGUGGGAGGAUUAUACUGGUAACGUCUUCAUUAACCGAGGCUCUGAUCCCAGGGCAAGGAGCUUACACAGCAUCAAAAGCAGCUGUGGAGACAAUGGUGAAGAUUCUUGCUACGGAACUUAAAGGUUCAGGAAUCACUGCAAACUGUGUUUCUCCAGGGCCUGUUGCGACUGAGAUGUUCUUUGAUGGGAAGAGCGAGGAGACGGUGAGGUACAUCAUUGAUAAUAGUCCUUUUGGUAGGCUUGGUGAGACUAAAGACAUUGCUUCUGUUGUUGGUUUCUUAGCUAGUGAUGGUGGUGAGUGGAUCAAUGGACAAGUUAUUGUUGCUAAUGGUGCUUUCCUCAAAUGAAACAAUGUUUAUGAUUCUGAAACUAAAAGUAUCGAAACUGUGUUCUGUUUC